AUGAAAGCUAAGAGGGUUCUAGACAAAAUGAAAGCUAAGGGGGUUCAAAAUAAAAUGAAAGCUAAGAAGCUUGGAAAGUGUAAGGUUGAUCUCCCAUUCCGAGUUGAAGAGUCAACUUUGGAGAAUUUUUUCCAUGGGAGUUGGGCUACUUCCAACACUAUAUGUGUUCUACUUGGAUUGAGCUGUGGUGCAAAUAUUGCAGACUAUGUAGCUCGAAAAGCUGUUGAGGCAGGCAAGCUGCUGUAUCCCGUUAAAGUUGUGGCACAGGUCCUGAUGUACCCAUUCUUCUUUGGAAGUGUCCCUACGCAUUCUGAGCUAAAGUUGGCAAACUCCUACUUCUAUGACAAGUUUAUGUGCAUAUUUGCAUGGAAACUAUUCUUACCCGAGGAAGAGUUCAGUCUGGACCACCAAACUGCCAACCCCCUUAUCUCAGAUCAUGGGCCUCCUUUAAAACUCAUGCCCCCAACAUUGACAGUGGUGGCAGAACAUGAUUGGAUGAGAGAUCGGGCCAUUGCUUACUCAGAGGAGCUACGGAAGGUUAAUGUAGAUGCUCCUGUUCUUGAUUAUAAAGAUACAGUUCAUGAAUUUGCAACCCUUGACACGCUUCUAAAGACUCCACAGGCUCAGGCCAGUGCAGAGGAUAUUGCCAUCUGGGUCAUUCAAGAAAUUCAUCUCACUUCGAGGUCAUGA